GCUGUGAAACUUAAAAAAUGGCGUCAUCCGAGGGAUCCUAUAGAGAUCUUGAGAAAAAACUGAAAAAUGGACUUACUUCAAUCUCGCAGGACAUUGUGGACAAGUAUGGAAACCUGAAAGUGUCACUCAAUGUUAACGCGACAGCCAAGCUUAUUUUCGACCGACUUGAGAACCUCGAGGAUAUAGCUGAAAUGUCUACUCGAAAUCUGUCUAACUUAAUUGAUCAGACAGCAAAGGACAGCCCCGAAAUGCUCGCAGAGAUUAAAUCCCAAGCUCAAAGCUGCGAAAAUCUGGUGGAAUUCCUGCAAUCGAUGAAAAAUGUCGAAGAACAAUUGAUAAUUAUGCGGAGUAAAACAACGAAUCGUGUAGAAUGGGGAACUGCUAUUCUUGCUUGUAAAGAUUUUCUCAAUGACACAAACAUGCUGCUUGAAGGAAUUGGACGAGACGGUUUCGACAUGAGUGUUCCAUUGAAGCAUUUUGCCGCAGAAUAUUCGGUUUUAAGCUACAAUUGUCGUUACCAAUUGUCCGCUGACUACGAAAGAGCAAUGAAUGUUCCAAAACUGUCAAAACAGAAAUGUGGAGAUCGUACAAAUGUUUCUUUCUCAGUAUUCAAUGUUGGAAGCGUGGAAGAUCAGAAAAUGCUGAACGAAACUCUAAGUGCUAUGAAUAUGAUUGGACAAUUACCAGAACGACUGGACGCUUGGAAAAUCGUUAUCUUGAACGUGUUCUGUGAAGCGAUUGUUGCUAGCCGCGAUGGUGUUGACGUAUAUAUUGUGGAUAAUCCAACACCUGAUCAGACAAGAUUCUUGAUAAACCAAAAACCACGUGGCAAGAAGGACAAGACUAUUGAUGUCGCAAAAGUUCUCGAGUCAAUGGAAGUGUUUUUUACGAAGUUGCACUCCGUUCUUCAUUCUCACGAACUGCUGGACGCGACUGGAAAGACUUUCACGUCGAUGAUCGGAAGCGUUAUUGAGGAACAACUGAUAACUAUGAUACUGAAAGAUGUAAUUGCGAUUGCAGCACCCGUCACUGAAACUGCUGACGAAGAUCAGGAGAUGUUCAUUAAUUUGUUGCAAAUUGGAGAGGUCUUUGUCGAAAGAAUGAAGGAGCUCGGAUUCUUUUCUCAGAAAGCAAAGUUGCUGUUCACUCUUGACACGGACACAAUUUUUGUGACUCGUCGUUGCUUUGCGAUCGUUUCAAAAGCGAAUAAAUUGAUAAAUGAAACGUAUGACAAACUGGUUACAGUUGGAGUUGAUGAUUCAGCCAUCAAGGAUAUUGAUUUGCUUGCAAAGGCUCAUACACAUGCCGAACAUUUUGCUAAAGAAUAUGGAAAAGAUCUUGGACGUCUUUGGAGCCAUAAUGAAGAUUCGCAGUUUCCAUCAUUCUUCGCUUUCCAGAAAUGUACAGUCAGUGAAUCAACUAUCAACUUUGUCAAUCUUCUCCGUGAUAACGUGAAGGCUGCGUUUGCCUGUGAAGAUGAAGGUGCUCGUGCGAAACUCGCUCUUACCGCCGAGAAUAUUGUUCGUCUCUACGUGAUUCUCACACCAAGGAAGCAUGCUGAGUUGUUCAGUUCGAUCCCGAACAUGGCUGCCAUUUUUUACAACAACUGUCAUUAUAUAUCACACUGCAUUAUGACGAUGUCGUUUGAGGCUAGUGGUGACAAUCAGAAGACGUUAUUGGAACCAUUGCUCCUUGAUUCUGUUAUCAGAUUGCGUACUGUUGCCGCUGAUUGCAUGGAAAAGACACUGACAAGAUGCCGUCGCGAAAUGACUGCUUAUUUGGAGGAUCAUAGCAUCUUUGAACACUUGCCUGCAAGUUAUAAGACUACAAAGAAUACAUUUGCUGCUGCUGAAGAGAUGUCCGAGUCGGCUGAUAUUCUUGUUCCGAGAGAAGAGCCAAAAAUUAUCAAAUGUCUUGCCGCCUGCCUUCUUCAUAUUCGCCUUAUUGCAAAAAAUCUUCGUGAACCUUUGACUGAGGUGGUAUACUGUAAGGUGAUUGGAUCACUCGUCUCGUUCCUGUUGGAUUCUCUUGUGCGCCACGUUGUCACCACUUCCGAUUUCCGCGAAAAUGAUGCUAACGUGAUGGCUGACGUUUUCAAAAGACUUUUGGAAGUUGUUGCCAAUAUUGUCGCCUAUAAGGAGCAGACAAAAGUGACCGAUUUCUGUGCUCGAGAGUAUUUCCGUCUUAAUGAAAUUGUGUUCGUUCUUGGAAACAGAAUGCAGGAUAUCGAGCAUCGAUGGUUCAACGCUAAGGGUCCAAUGGCAGAACAUUUGAGCCGAUCCGAAGUUGUUGGACUGAUUAAAGCAUUAUUCGCCGACUCGCAACAUCGUUCUGAUCUUAUCGCUCGUUUAUAAUGUGUAUUAAACUAAUUCAUAUUCUCUUCCACGCCAAUACAUUAUUCAUUUUUAAUUUUUAACUGGCGUUGUGUUUCACUGUUUUACCGGUUUCCAGUAUGUUUCCCCCAAUGUUUUCUGAAUAAAGUUAAACAU